ACUUUCAUAUUCUGUGAGGUUUGUAUCACUCGUCGGUUAAUAGGAGAUCACUGCGAAAAGCUGAUAGAAAAUCGAUCCUCUAGUCUCUUCCUCGAGUUGCCGAAUUGUAAGUCUCGCCCACCGGAGGUGAGGGCGAGACUUAGGGAUCCAAAUGUCGUCCGUCGUCCGUCCGUCACAAACCAAUGAGGACACAUAACUCCACAACCCUUGUCAACAUGCAGUUUCUCAUCGUUGUGGCGCUGAUCGCCGUAGCCAUCUCUGGGUUGCCGAACGCGUGGGGUCAGUCAUGUAGCUGCCCGGACGGUUGGACUAGAUUCAACACAGAUUGCUAUCAGUAUUUUUGCACUCUAAAGACCUGGCAAGAGGCACAGAACUCCUGCGAAGCCCAUGGAGCCAACCUCGUCUCGAUCCAUAGUGACUGUGAGAACGCGUUCGCCUACGAUCUUAUCGAUUCAUGCUCGCCCCAGUAUUAACUACACAAGACUCACCACUCCUGAUGAACAGAAUCCCAAGCUAAUUUCUAUGCCGGUAAAUACCUUGUCCUUUCACACACUUAAGUUUCCCAAUCGUUUCUUUUGUAUUCCACCAU